AGUCAUCAACCGAUCUGAUGUGGAAAAAAUUAUUACAACGUAUAUAAGCCUGAUCUUGACUGUCAUGCAUCAGUUUAGUUGUAAACAAGAUAUCGAACGUUCCAUCGAGAUGCAUAAAGUAAUUUUUGUUUUGUUCGCCGCUCUGGCCAUUCUCUCCGCAACCACCUUCGCUGCGGACCUCGUUUGCGACAGGAGGAACGAGGAGUACGCGUGUGGAUCUGCUUGCCAAACCACUUGCUCGAAUCUUAAUGAAAAUUGUCCCAUCGUUAAUAUCAGAUGCAACGACGCCUGUUACUGCAAGGAGGGUUACGCCAGGAUCAGAGACGACAACUCCCCAUGCAUCCCCAUAGAACGUUGCCCUAAGAAAGGACGUAAGCCAAGCAGGUUGACACGCUUGAUAAAUCUUCACGCGUAAUUAUCGCAAACGUAAUAGCUCGGCAAAUGUGACCUCGAUCCCCCACCUCCGUAGACCCGUGUCUAUUUUUCCGUUUCGUGUGGAAACACAGAUAACACCGUGUUUCAUACUUGAGUUGCAUUUAUUUUUUUCGGAACUGCAUCUCGCGAGAUAAUUGCGACGCAACGGAAUCAUUGCGGCGCUAUGCAGCUAUAACUUUGUCUGCGACGAAAGAUAAAGUAAACGAGGUAUACAAAGCAUUCAAACAUCGAAUCUAAUUAACGAAAAUACAAUGUUUAUUUAUGUAAUU